GCCCCCCCGCGCGCUUUUGCCUCCGACUGGAAUUGCCGCCUGCAUUGUCUGCCCUCUCUCCACCCUACCUGGCGCCCGCAAGCUGCGGUUUGCAUUCUUGACCGUGAACAAUAUUUACCUUUCUAAAAAGGGGGGGGAGUAAGGGAAGGACUCCCCCCGUCUUCACGCUUUCCUUCUCCCUGAAUGCUGCGAACUUGUGCGAGGCGCCGCGGGCGCUGCACGAUGGACACGUUCUGGCGGCCGCCGCGGCUCUGGCUGUGGCUGUGGCUCCUGCUCGCGCUGGCUUGCCUGCGAGGAGCGCGUGGUACAAGAGUAACAUGUGAUGAAUCACAAUUUCAGUGUCACAAUGGCCGUUGCAUAACUCUGGUGUGGCGGUGUGAUGGGGAUGAAGACUGCUCUGAUGGCAGUGAUGAACUAGCAUGCGUGAAGAAGACAUGUUCUGCAACAGAUUUUGUUUGCCGGAAUGGACAGUGUAUACCAAACAGGUGGCAGUGUGAUGGAGAUGCUGAUUGUGAAGAUGGCUCUGAUGAAGGUUCUGAGUUAUGCUAUAGAAGAAGGUGUACGAUAGGUGAAGUCAGCUGUGGUCCUCUGUCAAGUCAGUGCAUCCCUGUAUCCUGGAAAUGUGAUGGAGAAAAUGACUGUGGUGAUGGUACAGAUGAAGAAGGCUGUGCCAACAUAACGUGUAGCCCUGAAGAAUUCACAUGUGCUAAUGGUCAGUGCAUCUCAAAAGAUUUUGCCUGUAACGGGCAGGAGGACUGCGGUGAUGAUAGUGAUGAAGAGGGCUGCACUGCUCCUACCUGUGGAGCAGGUGACUUCCAGUGCACGAGUGAAAGCGACAUCUGCAUCCCAAUUAACUGGGUAUGCGACGGGGAGGCUGACUGUACCGACCGGUCAGAUGAAUCUCCAGAACAGUGUGGCCAUCAACCUGCCCAUACUGUGAAGUGUGGAGAGAGUGAAAUGCUUUGUGAUUCAGGAGAUGAAUGUUUUCACAAGAAAUGGCGCUGCGAUGGGGAUACGGACUGUAAGGAUGGAAGCGAUGAGAUCAAUUGCCCUUCUCGGACAUGCAGACCUGACCAAUUCAGAUGUGAGGAUGGCAACUGUAUUCAUGGGACCAGACAGUGUAAUGGUGUAAGAGAUUGCAUAGAUGGAACUGAUGAAGUGAACUGUCAUGCUGUUAAUCAGUGCACUGGACCUGGAAAAUUCUUGUGUGGUAGUGGUGAGUGCAUAGAUUUCAGCAAAGUGUGCAACCAGAAACAGGACUGCCGGGACUGGAGUGAUGAGCCCCUGGAAGAAUGCAAUAUAAAUGAAUGUUUGGUGAACAACGGAGGCUGCUCUCACAUCUGCAGAGAUCUGGUUUUAAGUUAUGAAUGUGAUUGUCCAGCUGGCUUCGAGUUGAUAGACAGAAAAACAUGUGGAGACAUUGAUGAAUGCCAGAAUCCAGGUAUCUGCAGUCAGAUUUGCAUCAAUACCAAACUGGGCUAUAAAUGUGAAUGUAGCCGUGGCUACCGAAUGGAUCCACAAACAGGAGUAUGCAAAGCAAUUGGAGGAGAACCAAGUCUGCUUUUUACUAAUCGUUGGAACAUCAGGCAGUUUGCCCUUGAAAGGCAGGACUAUACGCAGCUAAUAGGAGACCUAAGAAAUGUUGUUGCUCUGGAUGCCGACAUGGCUGAGCAUACAAUCUUUUGGGCUGACGUUGGGCCAAAUGCAAUCCUCAGUGCCUCAAUUACAUCUAGUAACAAACCAGUACGCCAUCGCCGGAUUGUAGACAAUGUACCAAGUCCUGCAGGAAUUGCUGUUGACUGGAUUUACAAGAACAUUUAUUGGACUGAUUCCUCCCUGAAGUGCAUUUCGGUGGCUAGCCUUGAUGGCACUAAAAGGAAAGUCUUAUUUAACACUGACUUAAGGGAGCCGGCAUGUGUGGCUGUGGAUCCACUUUCUGGCUUCAUGUAUUGGUCUGAUUGGGGUGAACCAGCCAAAAUUGAGAAAGCAGGGAUGAAUGGACUUGACAGGCAGCAACUUGUGACAACAGAUAUUGAGAGGCCCAAUGGGAUUGCACUAGAUCGUGUAAAGAAUCGUGUUUACUGGGUUGACUCCAAACUACAUAAGCUUUCCAGUGUGGAUAUGAAUGGGCAAGACCGCAGGAUUGUGUUUGCAUCCAAUGAAUUUCUUGCUCAUCCUCUUAGUUUGACGAUAUUUGAGGACACUGUUUACUGGACAGACUGGGAAAAUGAAGCCGUGUACAGCGCCAAUAAAUUUACAGGAUCUGAGCUGCAAACAGUAGUAAACAAUCUGUAUGAUGCUCGAGACAUCAUUGUAUAUCAUGAACUUGUUCAACAGUCAGGGAAAAACUGGUGUGAAGAAGAGAAUAUGACAAAUGGAGGGUGUGAAUAUCUUUGCCUGCCUGCUCCCCAGAUAAACAGUCGUUCCCCAAAGUACACUUGCACGUGUCCUGAUGGAGAUGCACUGCAAGACAAUGGCUUGAAAUGCAGAGGUACAGGAACUGCUGUGGCUUUCACUGAGACAAAAGAGAGCAGCAGAACGGACAAACCACCUGGACCACUUUCUGGAGGUCAAAAUCAGAGCAGUCCAGUAUCCGAAGAGCUGGCUUCCUCCAGAAGUUCUUCAGCAGCAUGGGCUAUUCUUCCUAUAUUACUAUUAGUAACAGCAGCAGCAGGAGGCUACUUCAUGUGGCGCAACUGGCAACAGAAGAACAUGAAAAGCAUGAACUUUGACAACCCGGUGUACCUGAAAACAACAGAGGAAGAUCUCUCUAUAGAUAUUGGAAGACACAGCAGUACAGUUGGGCAUACGUAUCCAGCAAUAUCAGUUGUCAGCACAGAGGAUGAUUUAUCAUGAAUCUUGCCAAUUGCCCUCUAGUCUACGCUUGCAUUCUACACUUUUGCAUGUUAGCCAGACAGUGGCUGAAGAGAUCCUUGAAGAAUGAAGGCACAGGUGGAACAAGUUCACAAAACCACACUUUCAUACAAAGUUGUAAAGAUCUGUGUUCACUAUCAGCUUUUGAUAGCUAUUAGUUACCUGUAACCCUUGAAUAAAAUAAGUAUUCCCACCACUGGCUAUGUAUAAAGCACUUUUCAAGAAGCCAUAUUAUACUAAGUGCUUCAGAAGUACUAGCUGUAAAUAAUUGUACAGGCCCAAUUGUAAAUCAUCCGGGGGGGAUAGUUUAUUAAGCACUUUGGAAUAACAUUUCAAUGUAAAUUAUUGUAUAAUUUUUUUCAAUGGUUGGAAAAUGGCAAUAGGAGAAAACGGGUUACUCAGAUUAAUUGCCAAAAAUUUGUAAACUAACUUUUGUAUGAAUUGUGAAUUUGUCCUCCCUGAACCACCUACAGGGGUGCGCAGAGGACAACUGCUCUGUAUCAGAAAUCACUGUAAAUUUUGACACUGAAAUGAAAGAAGCAAAUCUCUGUACAUGACUUGGCUCAUUAUUCUUUUAAGACCACUUGGCACAUGGAUGAAACUUCUCUUUUGAACUAAUCUAAACAAGAAAGCAGAAUUAAACUCCAUUCCCAUAGAGAGCUCAGAUACGAUACCUAAAAGUCAUGGAGUAGAUAUAUCUAACUUCUUAGACAAAAAAAUGGUCUAAAAUUCACUAUAAUCCAGUGAACCACUCACGAAACCUUCUUUAUAAUAACAGGCAUUUGAAAUCUUGAACUCAACUUCAGUAAUCUCACUGGUUUUAAGGUGCUCAUAAGGGGCUGCCUACUGUUGCCCUUGACUUCAAAUGCCAAGAUGUUCUGCUACUUAGAGGAUGCAAAGACUUUUAAUGUAUGGGUUAUCUGCCUACUAACCUUUUUGGCAGGUUAAUUCACUUACAGGAUUUUGUCUUGUGAAAACCUUAGCAGGAAACUUAGUGCUUCCAGAGGGCAGGCAAACAAAUGAAUAAACUGAACAUUGAGUGCUUGAGCCCAGUUAAUAUUUUUUAUACAUGGUUAUAAAGCAUAACUGAGAGCAAACAGCUCCUGUAAUAAAAUACGGCAAUAUAAACAGGUUUAUCUUGCUCAGAACAGGUGGAAAGAUAAGGUACCCGUUCUACUUGAUAGUAGAAAAGAGGUAGAAAUCGCUUUAUUUUCCCUGCUGUGGUGUAAGUAUUUUAUAGCCAAAUUAGUUUGGGGUUAAUCCUGGGAAAUUGUGCAAAAUUAUACAGACGCUUAUAUAAAUUGUUUUAAUUAUGGCCGGGGGAGAGAAAGCUGUUGACAAGUGUUCAAAUUAGUAUGUUUCUCAAACCCAGUGUUUUCCAGAUCUUCAACCAUUCUGACUAAUGGUCCCAUGCUGACAACUAAUGGAAACUGCAUCUUGUGGACAUCAGAAUGGGUGACUGGCUCAAUGGAUGCUGCUGAAGGACAGUUACCAGCAGACCCAUCCACGUGGCCAAUAGACAAUUGAAGAGCGCUGUAUGCUUUGCUUUCUGGCCUCAGUUGCUGGUACCCAUAUUCUUUAAGCCAGGUCUGCAUGUCCUUUCCAGGGCUUUUUCCUUCAUCUUUGAUGGUAUCCUGUGGAGCAACAUUCCAAAAUCUAACCCUCACCCAGGACAAUUAAUUUUGAUUUCCUUUCAUUUAUGUUUAACUAAAAUUU